AUGAUUGAUUUAAUGUCUCUACAACAAUUAGCCUAAUUACAAAGGGAUUUCAGAAAAAGAAAAAUACUUAUCAACUUAGAAUGUAUAAAAGAGUAUUGAUAAAUCUAGAAACCAAAUAUAAAGUAAUAGAAGAAGCAGUUCAGCUGUUAGAAUGGAAAGUUACACCUUCAGAGAUUGAAUGUCAUAUAUUUUGGAAAGAUACUUAUGUAACUGAUGAAGAAUAUCGUCGUUUAUUGCCAUACUAAAGAAUUAAUCAUUUUCCUGGAUCUUAUAUGUUAGGGAAAAAGAAUGAACUCUGUCGUAAUUUGAAUAGGAUGAGGAAAAUGUUUCCUGAUGAUUAUGAUUUCUUUCCAAGAACAUGGCAAUUACCAUAUUAAAGUGAAGAGGUAAGAUAGAAAUAGGGAACAACAAUAUUUAUAGUUAAACCAGAAGCAAAUUGUUAAGGCAGGGGAAUAUUUUUAACGAAAAAAUUGGAUCCCUUUCUAGACAAACAUUAUGUUGUAUAAGAAUAUUUGAGUAAUCCAUUCUUAAUAGAUGGAUUGAAAUUUGAUUUAAGGUAUAAAAUUAUUAAAUUAUCAGAAUCUAUGUACUCUUAAAAUCUAUUUAUCCAUUAAAGAUUUUUAUGUAUUAAGAAGGACUUGCGAGAUUUUCAACUAAAAAAUAUGUAAAGCCUUAAAAGAAAAAUUUAGGCAGUGUUACAAUGCAUUUGACAAAUUAUGCCAUUAAUAAAAGAAGUAAGGAUUUUAUAUUCAAUAACGAUACAAAUAAAGAUGAUGUUGGACAUAAACGAUCAUUAUCAUCUGUUUUAAAAGUAUUAGUAUCAUAUAUUAAAUAAGUAUUUAUAAGAUUAAGGUUAUGAUGUAAAAUAAUUACUUAAUUAAAUCAAAUAAGUUAUUGUUAAAACUAUUUAAAGUGUUUAAGGAGAAUUGUCUCAUUUAUAUAGAUCCUAAUAACAUAAUAAUGAUGGUAUUGAAUAAUGUUUUGAACUAUUUGGAUUUGAUAUACUCUUAGAUUCUUCCCUUAAACCUUGGUUAUUAGAAGUCAAUCAUACUCCUUCAUUUUCAACAGAUACUCCUUUAGAUAAAAGUAUCAAAAAGAAUUUGAUCCUUGAUACUUUGAUACUACUAGAUGUUAAAAAUAAACCAAAAAAAAAAUAUUUAGAUUAAAAAAGAGCUCCAAUAUAUUAAAGACCUAUCAAAAUGAGUUUAGAAGAAAAAGAAAAAAAUUAUACUAAAAUCAGUCUUUUAGAAGAUAAACAUUUAAAUGGUUAUAUCAAAAUAUAUCCUGAUGAAGUACAUUUAUAUCUAUUAACAGGAAGAAUAAAGAUUAUUAUGAAUAAUUUAUGCCUCCUAAACCUAAAGAAAGAGAGAGUAUGAUUAAUUAAUAAUUUGAAUAAGUUAAGAAUUUAGAAAAAACAUUAAAAGUCUAGGUUGAUAUGAAGCCUACUUAAUUAAAACCAAUUAAAAGAUUGUCUACAAAUUAAUCAUUCAGUGAUUUGGAUGGUUAAUCUUUAUAAUAAUUGACUGGAAGAAAUAUUGUCAUCCCUUAAACUAGAACUACUUCAUAAUAGCGUCCUUUUAGUAGCAUAACAGCUAUAAAUAGACCUAAUAGUGCCAUUAGAAAGACUGUCUUUGCUAAUCAACACUAAAAUUUAAAUACAUCUUAAAAUCAAAAAAGAUUAGUUUAUCCUCCACUUGCAGAGUUCCCCCCUAAACCUGUUUACAAAAUGAUUCCUAUUAAAACCUUUAGUUUUCAGAAAAUUGAAAAUAAUCAAAAAAAUGAAUGA